AUGAGUGACCAAACAAAGGAUAAAAAGCGGAGACUUUCGAGAAAAAAUAUAUCCGAAGAUAUUCUUCCAACCCAAUUCGAAUAUGAAAAUCAAUAUGUGAAAUGGAAAGCGGCUCAACCAAUUAUACAGUGAGAAUUAAACUUUUUUCAUAAAUUAAACCUCCCUUAUUUUCAGCAUUGAAUUCUCUGUAGAUGAAUCUGGAUAUAUUUAUUGGUUCUGGUCAUUUUUGAUAACUUGCGGAUGUUUAUAUAACAUUGUAAUUCUGUCAGUUUUAGCAUUUGAGAAUGUUCGAGCAUCUUAUUUUCAAACUUGCAUUCCGCUCAACACAUUUUUUGAUAUUUUGUUUUUGAUUGAUAUUAUUGUGAGAUCUAGAUUGAGUUUUUAUGAGGAAGGCGUUUUGCAAACUGAAUACGUGGAUACAAGUCGCAAUUAUUUUCAAAGGUGAGCUGAGUUUUGAAAUACCAUUUUUCAGUUUUUUUUUUUGGAAAGUUUGGAAUUUUUCUUUUGAAAACUCAGAUUUUCCAACUCUCCAAAAUAAUUUCCAAUUUUUUUCAGUAUUUAUUUCGGUCUUGACAUUCUUGCCAUAAUCCCAUUUGAUAUUGUUUUCAUAAGUCGAACAAGUUCUGCAUUUUGUCGAUUGAACCGAUUUCUGAAACUCUACCGAAUCGCAGAUUUUAUUGCACAAUCCUAUGGAAAACUUGGUCAAGUAACAAUUUCGCUCACAAAAAUCAUUGUCUCUUGUUUUCUACUUUUCCACUGCAACGCCUGUAUUUUCUAUAUCAUAUCAGUGAACAGCGAUGUUUCUGGGUGGGAUGGAGUUAACGCAACUUUCGAUGAUGAUGAAUUUCUACCCUGGCCUUAUGUUCCGGAAAAGAUUACUGAUACUUAUUUAGUUGGAUGUGGAAAAGAGGAGGAUGAUUGUUAUAAUCAAGAUUUUUAUUUUGACGAGGAAAGAGAGCAACAUUUAGUUGAACUCUAUCAUUUUUGGAGGGAAGAAAAUCGAACAAAUAUUCUACGAUUUUCUGAAUUCACAAAAGAGUAUACGGUAUCGAUUUAUUGGUCAGCACUUACGAUGACAACUUUAGGAGAACAACCACCACCAAAUACAUCUUUACAAAAUUUUUUUGAAGUAAUUAACACAUUGGCAGGCUUAUUGUUGUUUGCCGUAAUUAUGGGAAGUAUUGGUGAUUUGGUUGCAAAUGCAAAUCAAACCAAAACAUAUUGGCAAACUUUGAUGGAUGGAUUGAAACAAUAUAUGACUUAUCGAAGUUUGAAUAUUGAUUUGCAAACAAAAGUUUUGAAAUAUUGUGAAUAUGAGAUGGCGGAGGAGACGAUUUUAAAAGAACACGAAGUUCGAGAUGAACUUCCAGCGAAAUUAUAUGGACAUGUAACAACUUCAAUUAUUGGAAAAUCAUUGCUGAAUUCAGCGUUGUUUAGGGUGGAUUUGAAAAAAAAAGGAAAAAAACAAGUAGAUGAUAUUUUGUUUUCAGGCAUCUGAACGAAGCUUUCUUCAAGAAAUCAGCGAAUAUUUGGAACCUCAUUAUUUUUGUCCAGGAGAUGUUGUUGUGGAAAAAGGUCAACUUUGUUCGGUGAGUACAGGUUUAAUUUUUUUGAAAAUAAUACCUGAAUUUUUACGUUUCAAAAUUUUGGUUAAAUUUUCUGAAAAUUUUGAGACAGCGAUAAACAUUUUGUCGGAAAAAGUGGAUUUUUGGAAUUUUGGAACUAUUUUUUCAAAUAUAUUUUUUUCAGGAAAUGUUCAUAAUAGUAUCUGGGCAAAUAAUUGAAAUCACCGACGAUGGAGAAAUUGAACAUUAUGAGGGAGAGGUUUUGGGUGAAAUGAAUAUGAUUUGGUAUGAAAAUCAUUUGAACAAUAACAGACAUCGCAAUAAUUAUGUGUCGAAUUCGUUCUCACAGGUUUUGAAUUUUGAAAUUUUUUCUCCUGACAAAAUGUUAUUUAGAUUCAUAUUUUGACGCGUGACGAUUUCCUAAAAGUUCUAUCUGUUUAUGAUUCAAAAAUGAAGAAACGAAUGUUUGACGUGGCAUACCGUAGUCUUCGAGAAAAAGGAGAGAUGAAUGAUCGAAAACGGCGAUUAUUGGAAAAUGAAGAUUUGGAUGCAACAUUUCGAAGAUUGUCAAAAGAUGCUGAUGAAAUAACACAAAAUCUAAAUGUGUUGGAAAAACAAUUUGUGGUGAGUGUGGCAGAGAAAGAGAGAGAUACAAAUAUAAAAACGAAAAAAAGACAGUGGGCGAUGUGUGCAAGGCUAGUGUAGUGGGGGAAUUGUUUGCCUGCCACACACGUGUUGCUGGUUCGAACCCCGGUGUGGUCUGUGAUUAUACUCUAUCUACUGUUCACGUACCGAUUGAUAGUGAGGAUAAUCCUUCUAUGAGACUUUUUUUCCAGAAAUUUGCAUCGACUGCCAAACAAAGGGUAUUCAAAGCGGAGGUGAUAAUGUGUAGAUUUUUGAAAAAACAUCAUAAAUUGUUUUGA